UUCUGUAACACGGGACCAAGUGCCGUUUCCCUGCCGCAAAGAAGCUUUUCCUGCGGCACCGCCUGGCCUCUGCACGAUGCCCGCCCUGGGGUUCCGGGACCAGGCUCUCUGCAUCCUCUCAGCUCCCCUUUGACAGGGACAAACAUCAGCUUUGUCCUUGAUUGUGAGUUGGAAUUUUCCAACUAUUCAGCAGGAUCUUUGAAAACAGGUGGGAUUUUUUUUAAGGUAAUUGCACAAUGAGGAUUUUCAUAGCUUUUGAAGGAUCUUUUGAACCUUUUGAUGUUUCAGCAGAUGAAACGGUGGAAGCUGUCAAGCUGUUGAUAAAGGACUAUUUCCACAUUCCUCUCUCUGAAGACAAACAAGGCCGGCGGUACCUGGAGCUCAUGUAUGCAGGAGCUGCUCUAAGGAACAGCUGGAGUCUUGCUGAUGUUGGAAUAUCUUCCUGUUCGACUCUCAAAUGCUUCGUUAAGGAGGAAGACAAGCCCGCACUGUGCGUGUUCAACGCUGUGACCCAGGAGACGAUGCCCAUAAUGGAGAGCGCUUCCCUUCUCUGCAAGAAGGUGUCUGACCUGAGGACGCUGGUAACGCUGAGCUGUGGCCUCCCUGUGGGCGUCUACUGCCUGCGGACCCCCGCGGGGCUGGAGAUGUAUGACUGCAACGCACUCAGCGACUACCAGACGGAGCUCGGCACAACACUUCGUUUGGAUGUCUGGGAUGGAUGGAAGGAAUUUCUGAUGGGCUGUCUCCUUGGGCAGAAACGUAAAGUCCAACGCUACUUAUCCAGAGAAGGACCAGUGCUCAAGUAUCAGAAGAGGGUCGCCCUGUACAUCGCUGCCUUCUAUGGCUUCACCGAGCUCACUGAAUGGGCCCUGCAGCAGGGCGCGCGGCCCCACGAGGCGGUGGGUGCCCACCCCUACCGAGCCUGGUGCUCUGAAGCCCUCCACGCUGAUGUCUCCAAGUGCCCGGUGCAUGCAGCUGCAGAGGCAGGCCAACUGCUGAUUCUGAAGACCUUUGUCCACUGCAGCGUCCUGUGCCUGGAAUGCAGAAACCCAGCCGGACAAACGCCCCUGGCCAUCGCGUCCAAACACAGGCACAAAGACUGCGUGUUGUACUUGCUGAGUAGGAUGUGGUCCACAGUCUCUUUUCUGAAGACCUCUGUCCCCAUGAGGAUUUAUAUUAAGAUAAAACAAUGGAUCCUCAGAGCCCAGAGUCACAGCCUUCAUAAGAGCCAGCUGUGCAGAGCGAGGGUCUCUGGGGCCAAAGUUGGAGACAUUGUGAUGGUGGAUGGUUUCACCCAACCCAAAAUGACCUCCAAGAGCUGGCAUAAGGCUGGGAACAAGGACUCGCAGAGCAGCGUGAGCAAGCUACCUCCUCUCAGGGAGCACACUGUAGACAGGAAGGCUGGGGACGCUGUUGGGGUUUUGCAGAGGGACAGGGGAGACCGGGCCCUGGCGUUGCCUCCAUUGGGAGACCCAAACGCAUUCUCUGAAUUGCAAAGACAUCGACGACAAAAUCAGAUGAAAACCAGCUGCUCAGCUGGGAGAAAAGAGCCCAUCGAGAGUGCCCACCUCCCCCACGUGCGGCUCCCCGCCCUUCCUGGGGAAGGACGUUCACUCCCCUCUCACUUGGCAGAGCACAGUGAGGACGCCGCGCUGAGGUCCUGCUUGGAAUCUCUCCGGCAGCGCAGUGGGAGGACUCCCAGGGAGAACGCCAUCUACUGCCUGGCUGUGGCAAGUGCCUUUAAGGAGAAACGAUGGCUUCAGCAGCUUAGAAUAGCAAGAGCCCUUGCCAAAAAGAGCAUUUCCAACCUGACCAUCCAUGGAGGUUUGGCAGCUGAUGAGAACCCUCCAGAAAUUUUGCUUUAGCCCAGUCCGGGCACCGGCCGGCGCUCACCGCCCUUUGCUCGGUGCUUCACCGACGCUCCCGCCACGACCCCGCGCCCGCAAUCCCAGGAUGCGCCGCAGGGAGCGCUCGAGCCCAGGACCGUGGUGGCCCGG